CGCGCUGCCGCCAUGGGGUGUUAGCGCGGCCGGGCCCGCUCCGCCGGAAAGAGCCGCCACCGCCCGCCGGCCCCGCUCCGCCUCGCCUCGCCUCGCUCCGCUCCUCCGCCCCGAGCCCAUGAGCCUGAACGAGCACUCGAUGCAGGCGCUGUCCUGGCGGAAGCUCUACCUGAGCCGAGCCAAGCUGAAAGCCUCCAGCCGCACCUCCGCGCUGCUCUCCGGCUUCGCCAUGGUGGCUAUGGUGGAAGUUCAGCUUGACCCAGACCACGACUAUCCUCAGGGGCUCUUGAUAGCCUUCAGUGCCUGCACUACUGUGCUUGUUGCAGUUCACCUUUUUGCACUCAUGAUAAGUACCUGCAUCCUUCCAAACAUAGAGGCUGUUAGCAAUGUGCACAACCUCAACUCUGUCAAGGAAUCUCCUCACGAGCGCAUGCACCGGCACAUUGAGCUCGCGUGGGCGUUUUCCACUGUCAUUGGGACUUUGCUCUUUCUUGCAGAAGUGGUGUUACUAUGCUGGGUGAAGUUCCUUCCUUUAAAGAAGAAAACUGACAACACCCCACAGAGCAACAGUUCUACCAUCACAUCAGGACAGGCAGCAGCCAUUGCAUCGACGUCCAUUAUGGUGCCCUUUGGACUGAUUUUCAUUGUGUUUGCAGUCCACUUCUACAGGUCACUGGUGAGCCACAAAACAGACAGGCAGUUUCAGGAACUCAAUGAACUUGCUGAAUUUGCACGGCUCCAGGAUCAGCUGGAUCACAGAGGUGAUGCUGUCACCUCAGCCGUCACCAAUUUUGUGUAAACCUGUGCUUAAGAAAAUAAAUCCACUAUUCUGCUUCUGCCUUAUGGUGACUCCCUGUGGAUGAACUGGUUGAACUGCUGAUUACCGUUGAAAGAUUAAUUGUAAAUAUUGUUCUAACCCUUUAGAGAAGGAAAAAAUGUUCCUUUCAUACAAGUUUUACUAUCUGAAGGAAUGGAUGAUGGGGUGUGACUGCACUGUGUGUGCAGCCCUCCUCCUGUGAACACUGUCUCGCAUCUUUCUCAUUAAUGCUGAGUGUUGGCUGUAUAAAUACAUGGAAAAUAACAUUGUACAUUUGGGUGUUUGUUAGGAAUGGAUAGAGAAGUUGUGGAUUUUUUUUUUUUCUCUGUUUAUCUGAUGUUGGCAUUUACUAGAAGAUACUGCUUGUCCUAUCCAUAUUGCAUGGCAUGAUACAAAUUACUUGGGACAUGCAGCAAUUAGCGCUCAGUUUUGGUGCUAGCGCUGCUCUCCCUGGAAAGCCUGACAGAUGGUAGGAGUGAAAGCUUUCCCAGCACUUUCCCCAGUAUGUUUUGCUGCCAAGUAAUUAUUACUUUGCUGAUUUCUCCAGUGCCUUUUUCCCGUGGCACUUACACAUUUUGUAACUUGCUAAACACCCAGGACUAGACUUACUGCGAUGUGGUGUGGCCACAUGAGUAGGAAUGAGACUCAACUCUUCUCUUCCAUGGAAGAAAAUAAAAGCAAUAACUGUUUCAAAGUUCUCAUGAGCUGGCACAUAUCAUCUGGAGAGAUAGAUUUGCCUGUUUCUCUUUUAAGAAUCCUUUUUUGAAAAGAAGGAACUAGAUGGAAAUUAUCACUGGAUAAUUUUUUUGCUUGAAAAUCAGAACCACUGCUGUUUUUUUUUUCCAAGCCAAAGUAGUAAUUAUUUUAUACUUUUAUAUUGAAAAAAUAUUUUUAAUAAAUCCUCAGAAGCAAGCAGCAAAAGGUGCUUUCUCUGUGUUGGAUUCCCAAGUAAUUAGCUAUGCCUUGGUCUUCCUUGUUUAGAAAAGUGUUCUCCUUGCUGAAGUGUUGUAUUUAAUAACUCAUUAUACAUUUUUGCUUCCAAAGGAUCUGGAAGACAACUUUUCUUGAUGUAUAUUUAUUUAUGAAAGUAGGUUAUUUGUAAUUAAUACUGCUGCUUUCUUUCAGACACCUCUAUGACAGCAAAGCUACUGUGUUGUUCAUUUCCUCUAAGCAAAAACCUCCAUUUGGUCUCCUAGAUAAGAGGUUUGGCCAAGAAAGAUUCCAGCAGUUGUCUUGGGCUGCUUCAGUAAUUCUGGCUAUGUCUAGGAGUUUAAUUUUUUGGAGUACAGUUCCUCUAUAGAGUAGCUUUGGGCUUUAGUGGGUAAAAGCUGUUUUUUGAACACAAACUGAGACACGUUUCAAGCCAAAGGGGAAAAAAAAAAACAAACUAGCUAUCACUAGUCAUAGCUAUCACUGUGGAAUAGAAACCUGGGAUUUUGCCAUGAGACAGGAGGGACUGUGACAGUCCAGUGGAGCCAUGCCUGACAGCCUGAGCUGAAUGUGGUCUCUCACACCAACCUCCAUCUCAGGUUAUUCCAACAUUCUUGCAAUCUGCACAAAGUGCCUGUGGAGUUCAGGUGCAGAGUGUGGUUACUACUGAAGCAGAUGGGAACUGAUCUCUCCUGUCAGCAGCACUGCAGUGCAAAGUGUUGACAAGGUCCCCUGUGGUGCCUUUGUAUUCUAAAAACAUAACUAUAAAAAAAAAAAAAACCAAAAAAAAAACCAAAAAAAAACAACAAAACCAAAAACCUGCUGGUCUCACUGGUUUUUUUAAGCAGCAGUUGUGGUUCACAAGCAGCAAACAGCUUUCUACUUGGUGUUUUCACCUGUGAAGUGAAAGUCCUGGCAUACAGAGGUCAAACUGGAUUUUUUCAGCUCUGCCAUUACAUGCUUCAAAUAUAUUCUAUUCCUGAUGUAAAUCUGAUGGUGAGGAUUGUAACUACAGACUCACAGGUGUUUGUUCAUAGAGCACUGGAAGCAUUGCUUUAGUAAAGGCAAUAAGGAAGCAGCAUUCCAAACCACAAAAUGUUGGUAGUAGGCACAAAAUGUGUUUUCCCAUCCAAGACAGAACUUUACUAAUUCUGUCUUGGGGAAACAGGCCCCUAAAAUCCCCCACUAAAGGCAGAAAACCUGACCUGGUAUUUACACCAGUGCACCUGAUUGGAUGGGUGUGGUCAGGUGUAAAAAUUUUACUUUUGUCUGUAAAUUUUGUAUUUAGAAGUUACAUGGUUCUGAAUGGAAGUCCAGAAAAUCAGUUUUCCGAGUUUAUUUUGUAAAAUUCCUUGCUGUUCUGGAUAAGUAGCUGAAUUUUUCUUUGAUUUGUGGAUCUUUUACAAAGUGACUAAGAAGUGUGGGAUUUUCUUGUUGUUUAAGACACACAGAAUUAGAAGCUAGUGGGACAUGGUUAUUUUUAAUUUUCUCAAGCUGGUAGGCUCUGAGCUAAUGACACUGUUAUUACAGCUAAUUUUCUGACUAUUUUCUGCACUUUAAGCCAUGAUAUCUAGUAUAUUUUUGUCAUUUUCCACCUGUGGAAAUGGUCAUGAAAGUUACUCCUUGGGUACCUUUGUCACUGUGUACCCAGGCAGUAACCAGACACAAACAUGUGGAUCUAAGCAUUGAGUGCACUUAAAUUUUUUUAUCCCUUAUUUAUACUAACGAUGUUAGGCAUUUACCUCAAUCAUUUUAAACAUUGGUUAUUGUAUAUCACUUAUUUGGGUAUAAAAUACUUUCAUGGAAUAAAAUAUACUCAAUUGUU